GUUUCUGCACGUAAACAUCUGCGCAGUUGUCCUUCCACGUUGACAGCGGCAGCGGUUCAUAACCGGAGCCGUGACGCCGUCAGCCCCGUUAAAUAGGUCUGUGUGUCAGCUGUGUUGUAUUUCCGGGUGGCGCGACGCUGCUCCGGUACAUCACAGCUAGCGACGCGCGUCCGAGCCGCCCUCCCUCACCGACACACAACAACAACACGCACCGGGCGACGCACCGACAGGCACGGCGCUCCUGAACCGAGCGGUUCGGUGUUGGAUGUGUCAGAGCUGAAGGCGGACCGGGGGUUAGCAGGGCGGCCAGCGGGGACGAGCUAUGGCGGCGGCGCUUCUCUCCGAGACCGAGAUCAGGCACCGGUCCAUGGCGGAGGAGGAUCCGAACGGCAACGAGCACGGGGCGGCUGCCCGCAGCGCGGCGCCUCGCUGGGGACCGCAGCACGCCGGGGCCCGACAGCUGGCCCGGCUCUACUCUCCCGGUAAGCGGCUGCAGGAGUGGGUGUGUGUUAUUCUGUGCCUCUUCCUUUUCAUCGUCAACUUCUCCUUCCUGCUCCUCCACUUCUCCACCGUUCACAUCUACAAGAUCAUCCUCGGCAUCGUCUUAGGCAUCGUGACGGCAGACUUUGCAUCGGGGAUGGUGCACUGGGGGGCGGACACCUGGGGAUCUGUGGACAUCCCUGUCAUUGGCAAGGCGUUCAUUCGGCCGUUCAGGGAGCACCACAUCGACCCCACAGCCAUCACCCGUCACGACUUCAUCGAAACCAACGGCGACAACUGUAUGAUCCCCAUCCUCCCGCUGGCUUACAUGGCCUACAAGUUCCUCACACACACACCAGAGGCCUUGGCGGCGUCCUACCCCUGGGAGUGCUACGUCUUCGCCCUGGCGGUCUUCGUGACGCUGACCAAUCAGAUUCACAAGUGGAGCCACUCGUACUUCGGCCUGCCGCGCUGGGUCACGCUGCUGCAGGACUGGCAUCUGGUGUUGCCGCGGAAACACCACCGCAUCCACCACGUCUCGCCGCACGAAACCUACUACUGCAUCACUACAGGCUGGUGUAACUAUCCUCUGGACCAGCUGGGCUUCUGGAGACGGAUGGAGAGAUUGAUCGAACGACUGACGGGGCAGAAACCACGAUCAGACGACCUGGCGUGGGCCAAGAGAACCGACUGACACACACAUGCACACACACACUCCCUCAUACACACACACUCCCUCACACUCAAACACACACACACACACACACACACUCCCUCACACACAUAUUUAACUCAUGUCUCUGUGCUUUUUGCUUUUUUUGCUCCAGAGCAAAGUCCAAACAGUCCAAGAAAGUGUGUUUGUAAAAAGAAAAUCCAAGGCGGCUCAAGUGAUUUCUCCCGUAGUUUAACGAGCUUAAAGGAAAGUAGGAGGUAAAAAUAAUAAUAAUAAUAAUAAUAAUAAUAAAUUUAAAAAAAAAAAAAGGAAAGUUGUCACUCGGUAGGACG